CGGGCGUUGUCUCAGGGAGCGGUGAAUCCGGUCGCGCAAUUGGCUCGCUUCUCGUCGAUGCAGCGGCAACAGCAAUAGCAGCAGCAUCGGCACCAGCAGCAGUUUUAACAGCGGUGGAGAGACGAGAGGGAGAAAAAUCAGCUCGUGUUUCUAGAUUCGUAAUCCCAUCGUUGUCGCGGUGCGAAAGUGAGUUUGUAAACUUUGAGAGAGAGAGAGAGAGAGAGAGGGAGAGAGGGAGAGGUCUGUCGCGAGCGCGUUCGAGAACGCGUGUCGUUCAAGAUGGCUACCGCCGGCAACGCGUCGGCCGGCGGCGAGUCGAAUGGUGCCGGUAAUAAUAACGUGCCUCAAUGGAAAAGGGAUCUGAUACAACGACGGAGACAACAAAACAAAGUUCUAUCGAGCAACGGAGCGAGCGCAAAACUCUCGUCGACGGAGAGUCGCGAGGACGUUGCGAUAGUUUGUCGUCAGGAACAACGAGACGCAUCAUCGACGAAAACGACGACAGUAACGACAACGUGCGAGGAAGAAAAGUUCGGUAAUGGCAGUAACGAGUCUGCUACUAUCGUCUUUGCUGAUGCUGCUAGUGGUAGUGUUAGUGGUACUGGGGGCGGCAUGGGCGGCCUCCCUACCCCUACUAUAAUGGCCGCGCUUGUCGGCAGGGGGCUCGCUAGUGGCGCCACCCUUCUCCACGGCGGUAAUAGCUGCGAAAUUGGCUCAGUGGCGCGCAACAUGCGUCUCGAGGCGGAUCUCUCACUUUGCUCCGAUUCGGAGGAUGUAAACGGUAGUGGUGCUAGUGGUGCUUCGAUCAGAUCCACGGACAUGGAACGAAAGAUGGAGCACGGUGGAGAUGAUUACGAGAUCGAAGAUAACGUUCUCGGGACGAGGAGAACGCGCGACAACGUAUUCGUCGAAGAACUUAGUGGUAACGCGACGAGCGGCGUCAACACCGUCGGCAUGAGGACGAACGAAGCCGACGCCGAGAGCGACAGUUCCGAGGAACUACAAUACGGUCCUGGUAUCGUGAAUAAACUUAAAAGCAAAUAUCUCAAUCUCGCUCUUAGGGAAACGAACAAGAGUCGGGCGACCGUUCAACGUUUUCGACGCGCUGCUAGUCUGGAAGAUCUACUCGAUCGAGAGGACGAACCGACGAACGAAAAGAAUGCGACUACCGUUUCCGGUAGGAAGUACGCUAAGAGAAACGUGGCCGGGCAAACAAGCAAAACCGGCGGCGAUAGGUAUCGCAAUGCUAAUCGUGGUAACGAAACGAUGAAGAGAGCUAGAAGCGUCGAAACUCUCGUCAGGUACAAUGCCAGUUCGUCCUCGAUCGAUGAUUCCGGUCUCGCUAAGACGAAUCCUAACAUGAGGAUCACGUCGAGACAGGAUCCGAUUAACGAUCACAUCGUUCUCGUCGACAGGAGCACCGUUAAGAUAGAGAGUCGACUGAGCGAGAUAGACCGGCCCAAGGCGGCAAACAAGCCGAAAAGAAUCAAGCCAGUUUUGGCAGAAACCGAACGGCCUCCUCCCGAUCUAGUCAAGACGACGAUGCGCAUAUUCGAAGGAUCGGCGAAAAAGUUGAAGCCUAAAGGAGAGGUCGCUGCUAAGGUAGCGACCUUCAAGACGAUCAACGAUACUUUCAAAGCUCAGAAUCAAAAGAAGGUACUACCUAAACCGCCGCUACAGCCUAAACCCUUUGUCAAUGGUAAUGCUAGGACAAAUACUACUGGUUCCUCGUCACCGAAGAAGAUCGUCUUACCUCAAAAACCAACGGCCGAACUCAUAGAAAAAGAUGAGGAGUUCCAUUUCGAUGGUGUUAUUACCGAUCCUAUAGUACAAUCAGUUUCUUCUGUAGUGAGCAAGUUUCAGCAGAUUGAAAAGUCUCAUUCGCCGUCACCUUCGCCAGAGCCUACCUUUAAUAAGCUCAGGUUUUCUCCAGCACCGAGUCCAGAACCUCAAAAUAGGUCUAAAGUUGGUACUCUUGAGAUAGGUAUUAAGUCUCCGCCUUUGACUCCGCUGCUGUCACCUAGGAUCUCUUCUCCAGCUGCUCAGAGUCCGUCUUCGCCUAUCAAGGAUGUCAAUAUUCCGUUACUUCAGAGUUCCAGUCCAAUUCGUAAACCUAGCCAGGCUAAAGAGAUCACAGAAACUGGUAAGCUCGUGCAAACACAUACCAGGCAGAUGGAAAAAGAAAUGAUCUUGUCUACGAGACAGAGGUUGCCGAGUCCUAAAAAAAAUGAAAGCAACGAGUCGUCCAUUUCGAAGGAUCUUUCUAUUGAUGAGCUUAGACUAGAACCGGAAGUAGUAGAAGAAGUAGUGGAUCAAGAUGAAGAAGAAGAAGAGGAAGAAGAAGAAGAAGAAGAGAAGAAUAAAGAUAUACAGGAUGGGCCGAAAACAAUUUCUUCCUCGGCUUUAGAUAAUAUUGGUAAAGCCGGUACAACAAUGUGUUUCAGGUUCAACGAUGAGUCCAACAGCAGGGAGAAGAAUUAUUUACCAGGUGUGAAACAAAAUGGGCGAAAAGUCGAGGAAAGAGCAACAAGUAUAUCAAAGGCUAGUAGCUGUGAUAUAAAAAGUAAUGAAUCCUUUGUUGGAAUUCUUCGGGAUCAGGAAAUAGCUUCGAAACUUCUUCGCGAGAGAUUGGCUUUAGAUAAAGAUGACAAGAAGAAGAAUGGGGACAAUGGUGAGAUUGAAGAGAAGAAGGCUGAUAACAAACCUCCUAAGUCUGCUAGCUUAAUCAGUUCUACCACAACGUCCUAUUCUCAGGGUAACGAAUCUAAAACGAUAAGAUGUCCAAAAAGUGAAUCGUCUCCACCUCAAAAGCAAAUUGGUAUCAUAAGACCACUUGUGUCUACCAAAACCCAACUUCCUCAACAGAAUUUAAGCAAUCGAGAAUUAGAGAAGAAUCUUAUAAAUCGCGUUAAAAGUAUAGAACAACCUACAAAGGUUGUAGUUAGUUUGAAGAGUGCUGAUGAGAUACAGCCAACUAAGAAGUCGACUUCCACCGUUGGUGCUGGUGCUGGUACUGGUGCUGGUGCUGGUGCUGGUGGUGGUGGUGGUGGUGGUGGUCUUUGGGAUGCCAAACCUUGGAAUCAACAGAACAACACAAUGGUCUUCAAUUUUAGCAACAGGAAGGACGUUCCUGAUUAUAUAGAGAACGAUGGCCUUAUUAUCAAAAGGAAACGUGAGAAGCCAAAGGUUGGAGAUGGUGGCAUCAUAGUGCUCGACGCAACUUUGGAUGCUUCAACGACCGACGAUUCCGAAUGGGAACUUUCGGGUGGACCACCGUCACCUUGCGAUGUAUCCUUUCUCAAUGACAAUAUUCUUAUCAAUGGUCGGAGCAAUCUAUCGAGAACACCAAGAAAUCACAAGCAUCGAAUACAAUUUGAUGAUAUGGCGACGCGUACCUUCGAAUAUCCAAGCGAGGCCUCUAUGCUGGAGGGCGAGGGCAGCAUCGUGGAUGGUGAAACCUCUGCUUCCGGAGAGCAAUCUACGCAGAUCAGCAAUAAAACGUCCGCGACCGGUUCGACGACGAGCAUCCCGUCGCUUCUCGGAGGUGGUGGUUUGGCGAGCUAUACACCGAGCAAAGUGGAUUUGGCAUCUGAGGGCUUCGAAUUAGGUGUCACCAGGGCUACGUUAACAACGGGUACAAGCUUAACUACGAACAACACGAAUGGCAACGAUCAACAACAGCAGCAGCAGCAGCAGCAACAGCAGCAAGGGCAAAACGCGAGCGAGGUCGACUACUUGAAACCUGCUCAAGAUGGUAAUGCAUGGGGUUCCGAGACGACCGGUGAUCUUCUUUAUUGAAUAGCCGAUGAACCGGUGAAGAAGAAGAAAUAAACAUAGGAGCGAGAAAAGAGGAGAGAAAGAAAGACAAAACUGCGAGAGCCCAAAAAGAAAGAAAAAAGGGAAUCACGUUGAAAUAUUUUCUGCCUUUCUACCUUGAA